AUGAGAACACCUCCCCCCGAGGUGAUCGCCUCAUGGCCAAAGCCAAACUAUAUGAAUCCAAGUUACCAAGGCCCUCAGCUGCUUAUUGUUAGUGUUACUCUUCUGGUCUGCAGCUCCAUCUUAGUGGGUCUACGACUCUGGGUUUGUCUGCAAAUGAAGAGAUCUGCCAGGUGGGAUGACUGGAUUAUGAUUGCUGCUGUUCUCUUUAUUAUUCGCUCCACCGUGACUCCAAAUUUAGGAACUAAAUAUGGAUGGGGUUAUCAUGUCUGGGACCUGCCCACAUUGAGGUACCUGAGCUGGGGGAUUAUUUCGUUGAUACUUAGCUGGGGCCUAUGUAUACCUCUUCGCGCCUAUUGGGACACCUCACCUUACUCAAUUGCGGAAUGUUCUGACGAACAAGCUCGCACUCUCGCCUUCACAAAAACAAACCUUAUUUUUUAUAUAAUCAUCUUAAUCCUCACAGUAUCAAUACUCUGGAAAAUUCAAUUCCCAAUCAGAGAAAGGCUAGUGUUUAUUGGCCUAAUGAGUCUGGGUAUAGUGGCAUGCGCUGCGUCAGCAGUUCGCUUAUACUAUGCUAAUCGAAUAUACAAUGUCUCUUAUGACAUAACAUGGGAUGCGUAUCAACUCUGGCUCUGGGUCCUCGUCGAGAUUAAUCUCGCCGUGAUAUGUGCCUCUAUCCCAACCAUCCGCCCUCUUGUGCGUAGGUAUCUACCUCAAUUAGGCUUCAAAGGAUUCAAUUGCAAUCACGACAAUAUCGGUGAUGUUACCAUUACCGUUAACCGAGGUUUCGCGUAAAAAUGAACGACCGAGCGACGAAUAACACCGAAGGACGAAGGCGACAAUACAUGGGGCUAGGUCUACACUAUCUCAAGAGCCGUACAGUCUAGCUGCUGUUAGUGCCUAACUGACUGACUAAUAUCGGAGUUAGUGCGCCGACGACUGGCGUGGUAUUUCGUAUUACUCGAAUCUCCGUGGUUGGGCGUUGGAUAGUGUGGGGAUUGGGUUUCGAGG